UCUAGACCCCGGGUUGACAAAUAGAACUUGCCGCUAGUCUGCAUUUUCGGACUGCAAUUACACUUGGUCGCAGUUUGGUGUUGUGAUUUAGCGUGUCAAGAUUUUGGCGCCGUUGCCGAGGAACUCUAUGUUAUUGUAGAAACGUGAAAGUCUGUUAAUUUAGCAUUUACUUUUAUGCAUCCUCUCUUUUCCACCCUUGCUUUUCACUUGGGUAUUUUGUUUUUGAUGGUACAAAUCUUAUACAUGGAUCCUCAUGGCUUCUACAACCGUUGGGGGUAUCCACCACCACCCGAGUGGUAUUACCCCGAGACUUCCUGGAGAAACCAAGGAGGAGAAGUCUAUGGAGUCUGGUCUCAGUACCAACCCCCCUACUACGAAGAACAAUCAGACCCUUGGGUAUUUCAAGAACAAUCUCAUUAUCAAGAAGAAUUCCUCCCACAACUAGAAGGGCCAUCAGAUCUUGAUUUAGCCACAGCCCUCACGGGCCAUCUGGCAGAGCCAUACUACACUCCACAGCCAGAUCCAAACUAUCACUUGAGGCUUCUCGUGGAGCAGAUUGCUCGAGUACCUGAAAGAUCCUUUUCCGAUAUGGAUCCUCAUAUCCAGGCCAUUGCCCAAACUGAAUUCUCAUUUCCCCGUGAAACAGAGGAGACCCUUCGGAGCAUCAAGAAGCACAUAGAGGUCAUUGAGAAAGCUUAUGCACAGUUUUCUCAAGACAGCCUUUAUGCUACAAUACAAGCAGAGAAGGAGGAAGAAGUCAAUCAUGAGGAUGUCGUGGAGCAUACAGAAGUUGUCACGAAGAUCUCCCGUGAUGAUCAUGAUCAGAAAUGUCAUGUUGUAGCCGACCAUCCCUUUCUGCAACCCACACUGAGCGCUGAAGAGGCGGGCAUGAGUGAGGAGAUGCAAGCUGAUCUUAUUGAAAAGAUUGCAUGGCGACUUGCUCUCCAAUCCGCGCUAGAAGAAGAAAAGCGAGAAAGGAUGAGGAAAGAAGUUGUGGAGGAUGACGAAAGUGAAUUAGAGGAAGUCCUUGAUCUUUUCCCAAGGGAUGAAUCAAAUUUUGAGGAAGGAAGGGGGGUUGAAGAAGCAAUUGGCGUCCAGGUUAAGGAUGAAGUUGAGGUGGAAGAGGCUUGCACCGACCAUGAGUUACAUGUGAUAUCUCCACCAAACUUCGAGGAGCUGCUUGGCAAGGACCCAUUUGCAGUGUCUCUUUGCCAGACCAAGGCCACAUCGACAUCGGUCCCUCUUGGUGGACGUGAUGGUGGUCGGUCGAUGCUGUCAUAUCUGGUUCGGGGCAAUGAGACGAGUGAGGAAGAAGAGGUCUCGUGGGUGGAGACUUCAUAUUCAUCAAGUACACGAGCCUACAUCACCUGUCAUACCACCUGCUUGUGACUUGAGACCCCACAUCAUCGACAAGAACCUCAACUUCAAGGAGGUUAUAGCAUGGACUAAAACUUAGGAGCCAUUGUCCAGCUCACGACGGUAAAGAAGCGCUUGUGGGGAGGCAACCCCACCACGGUUUGUUUUUAUUUUGUUUGUUUUCGGUUUCCACUUGGAACUAUGGUUUCUUUCACCUAGUGUGUGUGUGUGUGUGUGUGUGUGUUUUCAUGACUCUAGCUCUGUGCUAGUUGGACUGGUCCACUUCCAGUCUCCUGUUCUUGAGUGGGCUGCCUUCCAGUCACCGUUCCCGCUCAUCAUUUCCUGGUAACAUCGUUCCCCUUCCCUAUGCUCUAUUGAGGGCAAUGUCGAAAUUAAGUGUGGGGGUUGCUUUGUCUUUAUUGGAACGUAUAUGUGUGUGCUUGGAGCCUAGUCCGUUGUCCAAAUCUCGAGAUUUGAGGGCUCCAAGUACUGCUGUUAGCUUGAUCAUAUUGGCAUUGUGGGUUUAAUUGGUGAAUUGCAUGGCUUUCGAAUUGAUGCAUGACGACUGGAUUGUGACUAGGACAACCUAUAACGAUAACUGAGACGUGCAGUAGAGUUGUGUAGGGGUUCAGUUUUUCAACUGUUUGCUUACCAAUUGUGAGUUGGAUUGAUCACUUGUUCUUGAUAGUCGUUUAUGCAUCUAGUUCAAGGAAUCAGAAUGAGAGAUAGAGCAUAUAGGUAGCCAUGUGAGAUUUGAGCCUGCUCGUUUAUUUCUUGUGCGAUAGAUCCCUUAUCCAUGAUGUGUAGCAUUCACGUUGCCAUUAUCUAAGAUGAUGGAGGCAUAGGAAUAGCCCACGACCAAAUUGAUUGUCUUGGUGUGUCAUAUCCCCUAGUUAGCCCUUUGAGUCGUGUCACUUUCUUUCUUUCGGUCUACAAUGAAAAAUCACCCUUUUGCAUGUCUUGGAAGGUUCCACGGAAUGGUUUUUGCAUGUUCUCUGUUGUUUCUGCUAGAAAUAAUGUGAGGGUUGGAGGUAGUUCUUAAAAGUUGGGCAUGUGUUUGAAAAAUGUGCAGAGGUGGUGGUUCUCUCAAGAAAUGGAAAAAAAAUGA